GCCAGUGCGAUCGCUUCUGAUUUCUCCACACCUGGAUGAACAAAAUUCGAGUGACGAUUACUAGGCACGACAACGUUAACUUGUAGAACAUCGGUGUACAUGGCAGUUGAAGAGAAGGAAGCUCAAUUGGUAAACGAAAGUCUCACCAACAAGUUGCAGUUGAGAGAGUCGCAGAGGCUCCGUGGUCGUAAGCGAUCUGCAACAGACAGUUCCAUGCCAGCCAAAAAACAACGUCGAAAGAGUGAAAACACAACAAAUCCUUUCAGCUGUGAUAUUUGCAAAGCAACAAGUAUUGUCAAUAAUUCAAGAUCGAGGGCUGGAGGCAAAGCAGAUGUUUCAACAGUGAAACGACCACCAGGACGUCGACAUAAAGUAGAUCCAGACACUGGAAAACUGCUUACACUAUGCAAUGCGUGUGGUCUCAAGUUUGGUCGUAAGACGAAGCGACCGACCAUAUUCAGUGAAAGUCAGAGGGAAAAAUUCGUAUCAGACACAAAGCAAUUUGUGCAGUCAUUGGUGGACACUCUCAAGGAUGACAAAGCUGCUCAUCUUUGCUGUACAAAUGUGUAUAAAACUGGUGCAUGCGGUUGUGUCCAGAAGUUUUUACAUGAGGAUAACAGUGAUGAGGUAGAUUUUGCUCAAGCACGACUACUUCUACAAUUGUCGAAGGAAGCGCAGCGACUUGCCACAGAGAAGUACCUUUUACCUGGACAGACGGUUUGUGUUGGUUUGGGUGCUGGACACAAACGAUCAGACAACUAUGUAACGUUUAUUCAACAACAGCGAUGGAGACUACGGGAAGAGUAUCGCCUGUGUGAGAAAGCCACACAGAGGAUCCUUCGCUACUCCAACAACUUUUUAUACAAGAAGUUAAAAACGAUGGAAGGCAAAUGCAGAGUGAGGAAGAAGCAUGGCAAGCUUGUGUUGGGUAAAUUGAAACCGAUUGAUGAGCUUGCUGGUGAGACGUGUUGCUCAAAUAGAUGCACAGAGUUGGCUUCUUUGAAAUCCACCAUUUUGGAAGAUUGGCGGUGUCGGUACAGACGAGGUGAACAGGCAGAGUGCCGUCUCGUUAUAUCAGAAAUGUUGACUCACAACGACACUUCGCAUUCAAUCUGUGUCCGAUUCAUCCAGCUGGUCACUGGUGCUUCUCUCGGUGUCGUGGAAGCAGUUCAAACCACAACGAGGGAAGCUGAUACCACAAUGAUGCUCAAAACAUGCACUAAACGAAGACAACAAAUUGAAGUGAGCAAUGAGAUAAGUCAACAAGAAACAGAAAGUUUGGAGUCGAACACAAGCCAUCAUCAUGUAUUAGAACCGGCAUCAGUUGUUCAGUGUCCUGACAAUGUCACUAUGGCUAUUCGACAGUUGCUGUCAUGUGAAUCAAGUGCUAACCAAACGAAUAACAUCGAUCAUUCAACGUCGACUACGUACUAUCAAUGUCUUGGACCAGCAGCCAUGCAAUUGUUUGCUGCUGAAGCAGCAAGUUGUGUUAAUCAAGAACAACGGAAUUGUAUUGCAAGACAAGACUUGCAUCAAACUACAAAUCCGAUCUCCAGUCCGACAGUAGACAACAUUGUAGUUGCUGAAUCAGUAACAGCAUCAAUGCGUCUACCUCCCGAUGCUCAGCCAUUAGAAAAUCCAUACAAUUUGGUCUUGUCUCGGCAUACGAUGGGACAGGAUUGCUUUGAAAUACCAUCACCACAGUAUGUAUGUCAGACUGAAGCAGAAGGCCUGGUAAAUGCACUAGAAACCCUUACAGCAAUGAUGAUCAAAUGAUAAACUGUCUCCACACAUUAGUCAACU